ACUUGAUUCGUGGAGCUGAAUGGAUUUAACGAUGUUGUGACGUCGCGUAAAACAGAUACAGUACCACUGGAUCUCAUGUCAGUAUACAGUCGGGAUCUGGGUCUCUGAAGGUGAAUCUUGGUCGGGACUGGCACUUGGCUGUUGGAAGAGAUAUGUUAACAUUGCUAGCAAACGGUGGCUGAGCCGAUGGAGCUUGUCAGGUACAUGGACCCUUGGAACACCAUGGCGAGGCUUCUCUACAACAAAAACAAGAUUCUGACAUCACUGAUACUCGUGGCUGUUACUUCAUGUGUUUUGAGUGACAGUCUAACGGGCAAGACAUUCUACAUCUACACCAAUGAGAAAACAUGGAAUGAAGCAAGGACUAUUUGCGAGGGCGAUGGGAGACGCCUGGCGCAGAUAGACAAUCAACAAACCAAUGAUGCUUUGAAGGCUUUUUCAAGCGAGAGCCUUUGGAACAACAAAAUGUCUGGUCAUUUCUGGAUUGGACUUAAUAAAGGGUCAUCAGGUUAUCGCUGGGACCACUGUGAACCCGUCACCAGUUCAUCUUACACUUCCUGGGAAGGCGGGGGUCCUCAAGCCAGUGACAAACCCUGUGUGUUCUCCGAAAAAGACACCUUCGAAUGGAAGAACGAAGUGUGCGACAGCAGUAGCUAUCAGUUCCUGUGUGAGAAGGCUACAGGCCCAUGUACUUAUACAGCCUUUAGCGGAUCCUGUUCAGGAACAAAUCACGACAAUACUGCCAGCCACACAGUGUCAUCUGGCUCAGACUGCGAGGCCCUGUGUAGCACAGAGCUUUCCGGGACACGUGCAUGUUGGAUGUACAGCUUCGCUAACCCCAACUCCUGUACACUGUACUUUGACAACGAUCCCUGGACAUGUUCAAACCCUGCAGCAGGAACAGCAACAAUAGUAGCCAAGACACGUACUUGUUUCACUUUCCAGGCCGUGACCUCCUCAUCAAGCGUAAGCAACGGCAACUCCAACCCAGUAAUCAACUGCAACUUAUAUACAACCCAAGCUCCUACUACUACUACUACUACUACUACUACUACUACUACUCCCACUACUACCACCCCCACUACUACUACUACUACUACUACUACUCCCACUACUACCACUCCCACUACUACUACUACUACUGCUACUACACCAGGUCCUACAACACCUUCAACAACUACUGCAGCUGCUACUACAACGCCUGCCACUACGAUACCAACAACCACCACAGCUACAGCAACUACUGGCAUACCAAAUACAGUCACAACAUCGGCUACGACAGAUGCAACUACUGUCACAAUUACGACAACCGCCACACCAGAAGCAUUCACGUCACCAGCUACCACAUCUGUAACAAGUGGUACAACGCCCGCAGUAUCACUGAGUACAUCCACAACGUCAAAUAUUUCAACAGCUACGGCACCAACCAUCCCGUCUGCAUCGUCAAACACUAACACAAGCUAUACCGCUUCAUCUUCUAACCCCGGCACCUCGACGAAUACUCCAACAACGGCAACAGUAACAACGCAAAGCAUGACAACACCAACCUCAUCAACUGGAACGGCAAACUCUACAACAGCCGGAACGUUGGCAUCAUCUUUACAAGGAAAUGGGACUUGUCCGUGUUUGGUGUGUUUUGGAAUAAAAAAUAGGACAGAGAUGCAGAGUCUUAUGGACGAAAUUUUACUGAUCCUGCAAUUAGACAAGUCGAAGCUAUCAGCCACGAGAAGGAAGCUGGAGUCAGCACAGGACAGCAGACCCUCGGCACAGGCCAUUGGAUACUCUGGAAUAGUCUUCAUCGUCAUCACAUUCAGUUUCUUUGUCCUUGUUGAUAUGAUGCGACUCUGUCAGUUUAUCGCUGACAAGGAUACCAGAACGAAGACACAAAAUCGUAACAUAUGAUUAUUUAAUGGUCGUUAUACUUUAACAAAGUGUGUGUAACAGGAAUCCACUACAUUAACCAAAGGUUCAGACAUCUAUAAUGACACGGGACAAGGAGAUAUCCUUUCACCAGAUAUCCUGUCACCAGUAAAGACAUUGUCGCUAACAAUAUAUGUCCUGAAUGGCAUUGUGUAAUCAGAACCUAUGUCGUGGACAGAAACCGUUUUUUAUGGACACACAAGUUCUUUAUUGCAGUGGAUGCGACGUUUCGGUGUAGAUGCUGACACCGUUAUAUGGCAAGUACUAACG